AUGAAUCUAUUAAAAGAAACAACGAAUAAGAUCAAGAUAAAUGACUUCCUGGUGGGACACAUUACAGUUAACAGAGGCACAAAACAAGGAGAUCCAUUAUCACCAACAAUAUUUGCACUUGUAAUGGAAGCACUACUAAUUGAUAUACUUAAAGAAAUCGAAAUUAAAGGAUUUAAAUUAUCAGACCAGAAAAGAAUCAAGCUAACAGCAUUCGCAGAUGAUAUGUCAACUUUCAACAACUCAGCAGAAGAAUUAAAAUUAGUAUUGGAUAAAAUCAACAACUACUGUCUAGGUACAUCUUCAAAACUUAAUCAAGAGAAAACUGUUAUGAUAUGCAUUGGUAAUAUACCACCAAACCUCCCAUUUAAGAUUAGUGAAGCUCCAGAAAGAUACUUGGGUCUCAAUUUCACGAAAGUGGGCCUCAAUUCAAAAAUCACAUCAAUCAUCAACUCAAUCAAAGAUAGCUUAAACAAUUGGAAAAGUCAAGCAACUACAAUAAGAGCAAAGAUGACAAUUGUCAAAACAUAUGCGCUAUCGAGAUUAUCCUACCAUCAAUAUCUAGACUCACUAAAUGAAUCACACAUUACUGAACUAAACAAUAUCAUUAAAUGGUUCCUCUUCUCCGCAAUUAAAAAUACAUACACAGAAGAACAUAAAUAUAGAACAUUAAUGACAAUGGAUAGAGCAUACGGUGAUUGGAAAGAAGGUGGAAUUAAGAUGUGGGACUUAGGUAUCAGACAAAUAGCAUUCAAAGUUUGGAACAUGAAUAGAUUAUUACACAUUAUCAAGAUAAAAGCAUGCAACAUACUACAAGAAUGGUAUAUGGAACAAAUCAGCAACAGCAAAUAUAUAUCAAUUGGAUUAAGAGAGAUGGUAGACAGAUGGAAAGAUUUUAGAAACAACUUUGCACCACAACACAAUAAACUAAAAUCACUACCUGAUUGUAUCAAAGGUCAAAACAAAAAGCCACUUCAACUUAAAGAAAUCUAUAACAUGUUAAUCACUCACAAAUACAAAUCAAUAAGAAAAACAGAUGGACAAAAAAAUCUAAUUUCAAUAAAUAACAUCAACAUACCAUCCAUCUUCCAACAUAUCAACCACAUAUCACAUCAAAAAGGUAGAAAUACACUAUUCAGAUUUUUCUCAAGGUCACUUCCUGGAAUCAACUAUGAACGUAACGUACCAUGCAAAAUCUGUAACAAUAUAAUCCGUGACCCAUACACUCACCUUUUUAUAGACUGUAUGCAAGUAAAAGAAAUAGAAAACAUAAUAAUUUCAACAUUCAACAAUCUCUCAUUCUUCAAGAUCAGAAAUUGGGAUCUCAAUUCACUAGAUAUUAGCAAAACAAAUAAAAAAGAAAGAAUCUACCCAAAUUUAAUCGGCAUAAUUAUACAUCAACUAUGGAGAAUAAUUUGUCACAAACUAUUCAAUCAAGACGAAUCUAAAACUCCACCCUCAUUUGAUCCAACAUUAAUUGAAAAAGAACUAACCAACUUAAUUAAAAUAGAGAAAUUCAUUUUAAUAAAGAAGAUUGAAAGGAAUGAAACAAUAUACAAAUUAAAUAACAGAGACCAAUUAAUAAUCAACUUCAACACAUCAUGGCAUAACCCGAACACUCCAAACCCAAUUCCACUAUAA